AUGGAUAAUAUAAUAGAUAAAGAAGAAGAAGAAGAUGAAGGUAUUAUUUUAGGAAUAUCAACAUGUAUUGUAACAGCAAAAAUAGAUGGAGUUACAAUGAAUGAAUGUGUUCGUGUUGGGAGUAAAAGGUUAUUGGGUGAAGUAGUAGCAAUCAAAGAUGACAAGGCAUUCAUUCAAAUGUACGAACCAUGUCACGGACUAGAGAAUGGUGGUCCUGUGAUACGAACAUAUUCACCGUUGAUGGUUGAAUUGGGUCCUGGUCUACUAUCAAGCGUAUUCGAUGGUAUUCAACGACCACUCAGUAAACUAUCAAAGAAUUACUUGGAUGCAUUGUAUAGACCUGACAAGAUCAAUCAAGCAGAAGAAACUCUUGUUGAUCAACAACAACAACAGUCUUAUUCCUCUUCUAUUCACGUACCAUUGGGAGAGACAUUGUCACCACUCGAUCGAAACAAACUCUGGCACUUUGAACCUGUAUAUGAAUAUGUUAUUGGAACACCGGUCACUGCUGGUGAUAUUAUUGGUCGAGUACAAGAAACACCACUCUUUGUUCAUUGGAUUAUGGUACCACCCAAUGUUAUCGGUGGAAGAAUCAUUGAUAUUGCAUCAGAAGGUGAUUACAAUAUUGAACAUCCACUAGCAAUGAUAGAGAUUGAAACAUAUGAUUCGUCAACCUCUACCACCUCUACAUCUAUCAUACCAGUCACCAUGCUUCAAAAGUGGCCAGCUAGAAAACAACGACCAUUUGUAGAUAGACUCGUACCCAAUGAACCACAUCUAUCUGGAUAUCGUGUAUUGGAUUCAUUCUUUCCAUGCGCCAAAGGUGGAAGUGCCGUCAUAUCAGGAUACGCCGGUUUAGGCAAGUCAAUGAUAUCCUAUCAAUUAUCUACAUUUUGUCAAACUGAUGUCGUCGUACAUAGUAUGUGUGGUCGAUCAACUGAUGUUGCUGAAUUAAUAAUGGAAUAUGCAGAAGUAACAUCAAAAGAUCCACAAAAAUUAAUUGAUUCACAAGCACCUUAUUAUAAACGAAAGUAUGAUUAUUUAAUUGAUAAGACUGUUUUGAUUGGAGAUACACCAGUGUCAUCUGCUGGCAUUAGAGAAGCUAGUAUAUUGGUGGCUGUAACCAUCAGUGAAUACUUUAGAGAUAUGGGAUAUGACGUCACUACGAUUGUGGAUUCACUGUCGAGAUGGGGUGAUGCUUUGAAAGAGAUAUCACAAUGUUUGGGUGAGAUGGCCGGUCCCCAAGGAUACCCUCUCUAUCUCGGGUCGAGACUGGCAUCGUUUUAUGCUCGUGCCGGUAAAGUAUCAUGUCUUGGUCGAAAAGAAAGAGAAGGGUCAGUAUCACUAUUUACCAUGGUCUCUCCACCCGCGUCGAAUGGUGGUUAUUGGGGAGACCAUCUUUCCGUUACAUGUUUGGACACUGCCAAUGUAUUCUGGGCUUUAGAUCCAGCACUCAUUAGAAAGAGACAAUACCCAGCCAUACACUGGCUGCACUCUUACUCUAAAGAUAUCAAACUACUACAAGACUAUUAUACCGAAAGAGGAGGUGAAGACUUUUUACCCAAUAUCACCACGGUCAAAGCAAUCUUGGCAAAAGAAGAGGAAUUGCAAGAUGCCAUUAUCACAAUUGGUAAAUCUUCGCUACCCCACCAAGAUAAUAUUGUAUUGGACGUAGCACAGAUGGUUCGAGAAUACUUCCUUGCACAAAACUUGUUUGCACCCUAUGAUCUUUACUCCACCAUUGAGAAAUCCAGUUAUCUCAUUCGUAGUAUUACACUCUUUUACAAGAGAUUUAUUCAAUGGUACAACCAACACAAAAAAGAAUUAGUCAACAAAGAUUAUCUCCAAGACAUCCACAGAAACCGUCAAUUACAAUCACUAACCUACAAAAUGACAACAAUGAAAUUUAAAAAUGAAUUUGAAGAACAAAAGGAAAUGUUUAGAUCAUACAAAGAAAUAAUUCAAUCCAUUGAUACUUUUUUUGAUGAUUUUAAACUAAUAUAA